AUUCUACAGAACACAAUGUACAACACGGCUCUAAGAAAGAUGUGGCUAUGCUCCCUAAUAGCGUCAUCUAUGGUUGCCAUGGCGACUGCAGCUAACGAGUACCUUCCUCCUAGCAAAGGAUACAACUACCCCCAACCUACUGUACCCUUCCCAACGAAUAACGCCGGAACUAAGCAACCGAGUCCGACCUACAGACCGAGUCAGCCCACGCGUCCUCCCCCCUACAUUCCUCCACCCACCGGACCUUCCUCAGGAGGAGAACACCAUGAUGAUCAUCACCAUCACGAGCCAGGCAUGCCGUUCGACUUUGCUUAUUCAGUGAACGAAGACGGGAACGACUACAGCCAUAACGCAGUCUCUGAUGGUGACGUCACGCGUGGCGAGUACAGAGUCGCACUGCCCGAUGGACGCACGCAGAUUGUCAAGUACACUGCUGAUUGGAAGAACGGAUUUAAUGCUGAGGUGAGCUACGAAGGUGAAGCAAAAUACCCCGACCAACCUGCGGGUGGAUAUCCUUCCGGCCCCAGCAGACCUUCUGGACCCGGCCAGGCGUAUGUACCCCCCGCCCAGGGUGGUGGUUACCAGUAUUAGGACCCAGACAGAUGACUAAAGGACUUAUUGUGACGUGUGUUGUGUGGAUAUGUAUGUAAUUAUAUAAAUUGUAUAAAUAAAGUUUGAGCUCAUAGGGAGCGGUCACGCGUUCUGUAGCAUUCAAUCAUAUGUUCAGUCACGCGAGCGUGAAAUAUGUGAUAUUUAGUCACACAUGUGCUUAUAACUUUUGAAAAAUUACUGUAACACACGAAUAUGUCAUGUAAUAGGAUACAAGACAAGAAUAACCAAGUAUUUUACAAGCAGUACAGUGGGCGGGUGACCUCUCUAGAGUCUUUAUUUGGUAUUUUAGACUAUAAUUGACUCCGAUGUUAUGAAUGUCGAAAGUUUGUAAAUGAAAACGACGUAUUGCUAAAAAUAUGAACUAUGUAUGUAUAAUAACAACGAACGAAGAGCCGUAUCAUUUUGUUUCUUUUACAAAAUACUUCCAACGUCGGCGUUAUUAAAAUAUUAAAAAAAAAGUAAUGUUACCACUAGAUUUAUAGCUACCAACCUAUUCCAUAUUUAUGAUAUUUUAGUUACGGCCAGUUGAUAAAAAGUGUGAUUUUAUUAUCUUAUAAUUAUUUUGUAAUAUUUUCUUAUUCUAUUUCUUUGUAUCAACAUGGUGUGUAUUACAAAUUUAAAGUAAUGUUUUGUAAGUACUUUACCUGCCUAGCUAGAAUUACGAUUCCAUUUUCUACAAAGCAACGACAAAAAUCUAAAUAAUCGUAUACUGCCUGUGAAAAUCUAGAAUAAGUUUUGAUGGUUGUAAUGUGAAUUGGUUUUUAAAAGGAAUGAUCUUGAUAACGCAAUUUUUAAUACUCAAAAUAAUAU